AUGCUUCCCCCCGCAACACUCACCCAGCGGCUCUUAGCCCUCCUCUCUAUUCUCUCAUCAGUCAGCGCUACGACGAUACUCCCAAAGCCGCCAGGCCCAUUCGAUGUCUAUUACAACACCGCCAAGAUGGUCGACCCUGGCCGUAUCGACCCCUUUGACCCAAAAAAGGGGCAUCGCGCAGUCAUGACUUCCAUUUUCCUGCCGGUCCGCUGCCCGACCAGCCUCAAGCCCAUCGCCUAUCUGCCUCCGAAGACAGGGGAACUGGAAUCCGAGCUAUUCGGCGUGUACGGCCUUCCAAACGGGACGCUGCAGUCUCUGAAUCUCCAGGUCUGCCCCGGGCCGCUGAGAACCCGACUACAGGAGGCAGAGCAGCACCCUGUCGUGAUAUUUUCCCCAGCACUGAAUACACCAAGGCAUUUCUACAGUUUGAUCGCCCAAGCUGUCGCGAGCUAUGGGUACAUCGUCGUCUCCAUUGAUCAUCCGUAUGACGCCGACAUCGUCGAGUUCCCAGACGGAUCUGCUGUGUAUGCGAUCAACUUCACCGAUGAGCAGAUUCCGGUGGAUGUAGACACUCGAGCUGGAGAUGUCUCUUUCGUUCUUAAUCAACUCAGUUGCCCCGGAAGCGUGAAAGACCUUCUACCUGGAUCCAAAGGCCUGAAGACGCACAAGGUCGCCAUGUUUGGCCACUCCGUCGGUGGGGCUGCAGCUGCGCAGGCUAUGCUCCGCGAUAAGCGCAUCGUCGGCGGUGUCAAUCUCGACGGCAGUUUCAUAAGCACAGUGGUCCAGAAAGGUCUCGAUCGCCCGUUCCUCAUCUUCGGACAUGAGAACAAGACGCAGGCGACUGACGAUAGCUGGGCAGAGACAUGGUCGCAUUUGCGAUCGUGGAAGCUCGAACUGGGCUUGGCUAAGUCGCAGCACUACACCUUCUCUGACUUGCCUGCCCUGUUGAAUCUACUUCACGCGCCGCAAGUGAUUCUUGACGCUGCAGCGGAGCGGGUUGGGACUCUGGAUGGACUCAAGGCCUUGGAUAUCGUGCAGACUUAUGUAGUUGCAUUCCUUGACUUCGUGCUUCUCAAUAAAAAGCCAGAAGUCCUCCAACACGUGGUUGCUGAGUUUCCAGAGGUAUCAUUUAUUGAUAAAUGA